AUGAGUGAUUCAGAAGAUGAUGAAAUGGUCUCCCACGAACUAGAGCAAAUGAGGAGUAUAUUGGAAGAGGCGAUUUUGGAAACGCGCAGCAUGCCUCUCGAAAAUCGACCGCGACUUCCCCGCAUACCCCUAAGCAAGCGAAACCGGGCUGCCGUGAGGUCUCUUAACCCAAUGCUGGUAACCUAUUUGGAAGCCAGCCGGGACCUUUGCGAGAAAGACUCAGUUCUUUUGGCGCCGCAGUGGCAGCUUGCCGUAUUAUUGGCGCCAAACUUCCCAUGGCUGGACGCGCUACUAAACAAAGUAGCGCCAUCCCAGCCAGGAGAAAAAGAAUUGAGGACCGUAUCGCAAAGGCAAGGGCCCUUAUCGGCAGACUGA